CCAAACGAUUCAAAUGAAAAAAAUUCAAAUGUUCAAAAUUUUUCCCAAUCCUUUUCCCAUAUGGAACCGAACCAAAUCGUCAACUUUUUCAAAAACCAAACACUUUUCCUAACCGGAGAAACAGGCUUUGUUGGCAAACUGAUCCUGGAAAAACUCCUCCGAGAAACUCCCGAAAUCAAAAAAAUCAUCCUAAACCAACCAAAAUAUAACAAAAAAAACAGCAAAAAAUGUUUCGAAUUAUUCAAAACGAAAAAAAUCUACAUUUCGGAGAAAGUCUUUUUAGUGGACGGUGAUUGUCAAGACCAUUUUUUGGGCCUCAGUGCCCAAAAUUUGGACUUGUUGCGCGAGGAAGUGACGUGUGUUAUCCACGCUGCUGCCAAUGUUAAAUUCGACCAAAGUCUCAAAGAGGCAGCUUUCAAUGUUCGAGCGACUCGAGAUUUGCUCGAAUUGGCCAAACAGAUACUAAACUUGAAGAGUUUCGUCUACGUCUCGACGGCUUAUUCCAACUGUCUUAACCCUCACAUUAGGGAAGAUUUUUACAACCAACCCCUAAAACCUGAAAACUUACUCUCGGUUGUGAAUUCCCUGGACAAUGAUGUUUUGACGAAAAUAACACCAUCUUUGUUGGGCCCUUGGCCCAACACUUACAUCUACACCAAAUCCAUAACUGAGGAUUUAGUCAAAUCAGCUAGUACUAGCCUCCCGAUUGCCAUAGUACGCCCAGCUAUCAUUGUAGGUUCGAUCAAAGAACCAGUCCCUGGCUGGAUUGACAACUUUUACGGAGUCGUUGGUAUAGUUCUAGCUGCAUCUUUGGGCGUUUUGAGGAGUCUGAAUGCAAAACUAGACGCCAUAGCACCCAUAGUACCGGUCGAUUAUGUCGCCAAUGUAAUCAUAGCAGCGACGUGUAAAACCUGAAGAGAACAACCGAAAUUCCCGGUCAUUUACAACUACGUCCGCUUUGGCAAAAACAGUCAACUCACUUGGGACCAAUUUAUGAAAAAAGUGGAGCCCGAAUGUUGGAACGCAGGGUAUGAUAAAGUCGUUUGGUACUUCGGCUUCAAACUACGCGAAAAUAAGACUUGGCACAACAUUUACAUAUUUUUCAC